AUGGUGAGAGAUACACCCCAUGAGGGGGGAUACAUAUGUCUGAUUUUUAUGAAUAUUUCAUAUCAAGCGCCAUCUAAACCUGUAAGUGAACCUACGGGUAACCUUCCAGUUAUACCUCAAAGUGGAUUUUCUUCAGAUUUACCUUCGGCUCGAGCACCAAGUUUUCCAACCACACCACCAAGUCUCCCUCCACCAGCUAAAGCUUUACCGGCACCACCAAGACCCCUCCGUCUCCUUUACCUUUACCUCCGACUGGUUGAGUUUGUCUUUAAGGAAGCUGCGUUUCAGAUACCAGCUCAGAAUCUGGAAAAUGUGUCACUCGAAGCUUACAUCAAAUAUUGUGAAAUUGAGCGAAAGCUCCCUGUUAGCAUUCGUUUGGUUGAAGGAAAAAUUAUAGCUUACGAAGUACCUCUCACGUCCCAUGCAUUGGUAGCAGGUGAAAUUGCAUCUUUGAUACGUACCUGGAAUAAUCAACUACAUAAUGCACAAGAGGAGGAUCUUAUUGUGGGACCGAAUAGUUACUAUACUACUGAUCUUACCAUCCGACCACGAGGACUUCCUAGACCUCCAACUGGCCAGGGAUCUAACUCAGAAGGGAGACCAUAUCCAACGCUGAUUGUUGAAGUUGGCAACAGCGAGUCUGUUCCUAUCAUGGCACAAUUACAACCUUCAUUCGAGCUUUUCUUGCUCAUUUAUGAUUGUAUCGCAAAAAAGAUCAAGGACAAGUGUAUCCUUACAAGAAAUAAACAAAGGCAAUGUACUAGCGCAAGAAAUAUGACAGCAUACAGGAGUCUCUAG